GACGAAGCUGGCGCAGGUCACACAAACUCACAGGCGCAGCUGAGUGACGGAGCCCCAAAGAGGGACGGCACACUCAGAACAUUGAAAUGGCAGACGCAGCCGUAGCAACACCCGCAGAGAAGAAGGCUCCUCCCAAAUUCAAGCAGAGGACCACACGCACCUUCAAGAGCAAGGCCCCCAAACCAGGCCAGAAGGGGUUCGGAGACGACAUACCCGGCAUGGAGGGUCUGGGCACAGACAUCACCGUGGUCUGCCCAUGGGAGGCCUUUGGCGACAUGGAGCUGAGCGAUCUGGCCAAAUACGGAAUCGUCUAGAAGCCUUGUGUCUUCACCACCAAUUCCCACUCUCAUCCUUCCCUCCACUUUACCGCAGAUUACAUCACACGACUACACUGGACUUUGGGAGAAACUAAGCAAAAAACUAUUGAAGCCCAUCUUCCAUCCUUCACUUGACUCAGAAGAGCAGAGGUCAUGACCCCAAACCUUCUCUCCUUCUUCAGAGCUCCUUCUGUUGAUGUACAUUUGUAAAUGAAAAUUUUACUUUUUGUAUAGGAGGGAUGUAAAUUUAAGAAUUGUGUAGGUGUGCAGAACUGUCGAUAAACAUUU